GAAAAGUAAUAAAGACGUGUUUUAAUAUCAGCAAUUUUUUAAAAUGAGUCAUAAACAUUGAUUUAAAAAAGGUUAACGUUUAUAAAAAAAAACCAAAAACAGCAACAGCUAUGAGCAGCAACAAUGGCAACGAGCAACCGCAACAGCAGCAGCAGGCAGAAGCCCCAAGAGCAACAGCAGUUGCAGCUGCAGCAGCAACAACAACAUCCACUGCCAACACAGAGGCUAAUGCAGUUGGAUCCGGAUCCGGAUCCGGAUCCGGAUUGGGAUCACAGAUAUCGCGACCUGCCACGGCACCAGCACGCUCCAGCAGCAACAGCAACAACAACAACAACAACAACAACAACAAUAAUGCCACCAGCAGCAGCACAGCCACCAGCUUUUACAGGGUCAACCUGAGCAACACAAACGGCAGCAACAUCAACAACAACAGCAACACCAACAGCUGCACCAGCAAUCCGAACCAAGCCAGCAAUAACAACCACCAUGAGAUCAGCAGCAACACCGCUUUGGUGGUCAACACCAGCAGCACUGCAGCAGCAGCAGCAGCAACAGGAGCAACUGCAGCAGCCACGAACAACAACCACAUCUAUGUGAAUCCACACAGCUACGACAGCAGCACCACCGGCAGCGCCAGUGGAUCCACGGCUGUGAUUAGUAUGCCGCUCAACCUGCAACACCAGCCAUUGGCAGCGGCAACAGCAACAGCAGCAGCAGCAGCCACUCUUGAGCCCCAGCAGCAGCAACAUCCACUGGGCGGCAGCAACACGGGAGCAAUCAGUCGGAUUGGCACUUUGACAGGCACUGGCACUGGCACUGGCACCUCCACAUCCACCACCCUGAGCACCCUGAACACAUAUCUCUUUCCCUGCGGCGUCGAUUCCGCAAGCAGCUGCGACCUGGACAGCAAUUUCAGCCAGAUGCUGGGCGCUGGCAGCGAGGGCGGGGCCAGCAGUUCCCUCAGCCAGACGACGGCACCCGUGGGAACGGUGACGGGACUGGGAUUGGGUGUCCAGCUGGGACUGGGCUUCAUCAACAGCCGGCGGCGCAUAAGACGACUAUUUGGCGUGGGCGAGAUGGUGCCGCCCGUGGCCACGCCCACACCCUAUGCAGCCGCCCUCCGACGGCGCAGUUCGCAGGUAGUCCAGAUGACCAAAAAGCGAGAAAAGGAGUUGGAAGAUCUGGAGCAGCAGCAGCGCAUUGCCACGGUGGCCUCGGCAAAUGCUGCUUUUCUAGAGCGUCGUGAGCAGCAACAGCUACAGCAACAGCAGCAACAGCAGCAACAUCAGCAACAACAGCAAUAUCCUCAGCAGCAUCUGCAGUUCGCCUUCAAUCCCCUGCAGCCAGAGGCUGGUAAAAAGAAGAAAAAGAAACCGCCUGGACCACCGGCCCAUACGCGACAGCAAUCCUCACGCACCAUGGACGAUCCCAUGAUGAAUCGGCCACGGAAGAGCACUCCGGCGAGCAGCAAGAAGAAGGACAAGGGACCGGAGAACCCCUAUGAGAAGUACCCAUCACCACAAAUCCAAAAGCACCCACCGCUCUUAAGCCUCACCUCUAUGAAACCGAAAAUAAGAACAAAUAAUGAAAUUUAUGCAGCAAAAAAGUGCUUCUCUUACCAUUUGAUUUAGCGCUGCCGUUUAUUUGAUUUUCUUGCUUGUAAUGAUUUGAAUAAAAUGAUCAAGAAGAAUACCUGCAAAUACAUAGUUUGUUUAAAUUAGUUUUGAGUACCGCUUUGCUUAUCGCUUUUCAAUGCUUUUUCGCCUUGUUGAUUCUCCAUGCCUUAAAGCACCUACAAAUUUGAUUAAAUGCCCAUGUGACAAGGGGUUUAUGCAAAAUUUUGAGGUA